AUGGUUAACGCUCAAGAAUAUAUAGAACAAAUUUUUCCUAAACAUUUUAACGAAAUAAGAGCUGUAGAAAAGCAUUUAGAAGGACAUUUAGAUUUAUCAGAUUAUCCUAAUUUAACCAUAGUAGACAUAGGACACAACUCUCAAUUAACAAGUUUAAAACUUGCUCAUUCGAACCGAAUUACUUGGAUGAGCCUCCUUGGUACUAACAUUGAUAAUUUUUCUUGUUUGGCUGGCACGCCUAACUUACAGAAAGUACUUUUGCCUCGAAGUGGAGAUAAAAUUGGUGAUGACCCUGGUAAUGCAUAUAUUGCCAAAGUAAUCCGAGAAAGUUGUCAAGAGAAUAACAGAUUGCUAAGUCAAUUUAAUAAGCAAAUUCAAACUCAAUUAGAGCAAGAAAAAAAUAAUAAUUCCCAAAGAAUUAAAGAGUUAGAGAAACAGUUAGCUAAUGUCCAACAGGAAAAUCAAGCAUUACAAAGUCAAAGCCAGCAGAAACAGCAAACUAUUAAUGAUCAACAAAGUCAGAUGAACGAAUUGUCCAAUAUAGCUUUUAAUAAUAAUUCGUAUAAUUUCACUAAACUAAAAAAAGAAAUUUUCCGACUUAAAGUCCAAGAAUUAACACCGCAAGUAAGAAAUGAAAGCACGAAGCUGGAUCAGUUAAUUACUGAAACAAAAAGCAAAGCGGGCCAUUUUUCUCUCGUAGUUGACUUAAUCUUAGAAAAUCAAAAGCAAAUCGUGCAAAUCAACGAAACUUCCCAGCGAGAUAAAUUUAUUGCCAAGGCGGAAGCUUACCAGACCAUUCUUGUAAACAAUUUAACCGAAGAAGAGCUUCAAACACUAUUAAACAAACAAAAAGAAGUCCUGAAAUUAGAAAAGCAUUUAGAAAGUUUACAACAAAUUUGA